AUGGGAGUCGAUGAGUAUAGGAGUGGGAGCGCUGAUGCUGAUACUAUAGGACAGGAACAGGAUGGAAGUCCUCUUUUCCAAAUUGCUCAUUCGAUCUCAAGUAGACAAGGUUUAACGCUUCUAAACGCCAUUGCUUCAGCCUCGUUUACCAAUACCGACCACGUUCUUCCUCUCAUCCUCGACAUUGCAGCCGAUACAAUUCAAAGAUGGAUUCAACGAUGCGACCGAAAGAGUCUUGUGGACGUCGUCGCGACAGUAUCUGGCUUGGCCAAGGUUUUGCCGUUUGUGCCAUAUAUUGGCCCUGUUGUCAGCGACUUUCUGACACAAUGUUCCCUUCACGAGCUUUCACCUCUGACGCCCGAGCUGAAUUCCAAAACCAUGACGACAACGUUGAUAGCUGCCUUCAGGCUUCUGUCCUAUGACUUGGACGCUUUCAGAGAUUGCCUAUCUCCUGGCUUUCUCAUAAUGUCGUUCAACCAUGAACGUAAACACAUCCGAUAUCUGGCCAUUCAGUGCUUCGCUAUGAACAUGGGCUCCGCUGAUAAGAUCACACAAGACCUCAUUCACAAACACGUUGGUGAGGGAGUCAUCGAUGGCCCUUGGGAGGAAGUGGACAGAAUUGAUUAUAGGCUCUUCAAACUUCACGAAGAGAAACGAUGGACGAGGAUAUAUCGUAAGUUGCUUGAAUCAGACUUCAAUCUGGGCAACAGGAAGUAUAAAGAUCAAUUCGACCAUCACAGCGAUAUCUCUCCGUACGUGGUGUCGAUAGGUGGUGUGCUACUGCCCACAAAACACGCCACAUCGCCUCCAUUAUCCUCUUUUGUCCUUUUUCCGACCUCGGAGGACAACCUUACAAGAGCUGCACUUGGCUUGAGAAACCACAAACCCAUUUUGCUAUACGGUCCGGCUGAUGCUGGAAAGACAGCUGUGAUUCGUGAGCUUGCCCAUAAAGUCGGCACUCUGUCUGAACUUGUCACUCUACAUCUCAACGAGCAAACGGACGCUAAGAGUUUGUUGGGUAUUUAUACGUCGUCUCUAUCUGGAACAGGAUUUCAGUGGCAGCCAGGAGUUCUCACAAAAGCUAUACAAGAAGGGAGGUGGGUGUUGAUUGAAGAUAUCGACCGCGCACCAGCCGAAGUAAUGGGCCUGUUACGACCGUUGAUCGAGAACAAUGAGCUCUUUCUUUCAAACAGAAAGGAGCGACUGAGGCCAAAGGACGGGUUCAGAUUGCUCGGAACCAUCAGGACGUCUGGCCCUGGAAGUGCCCUGGCUAUCCGCACACCCAUGCUGACUAACCGAAGGUUAUUGACGGCUAUAGAAGUACAACCCUAUUCUGCUCAGGAGGUCCAAAUACUAUUGAGCAAGCGCUUCCCAGACUUGACGUCUUUCUUGCUGCGAAUCCUAUCAGCUCAUGCUCGCCUUGUUGAUGUCUUUACCACAAAUGAAGCCUUCAAGUCAUGCCAAAGUCGCUUGCCGAACAUCAAGGAUUUGUUAAAAUGGUGUCGAAGAACUGUACGACAGCUGCGGAAGACUAGCAACGACAAUCAGAUUCCGGACACCUUCAUGAUCGACAUGUUCAAAGAUGGUGUCGACUGCUACGCUGCACAUCUUGCCGACAAACUGCUUGUUAAUAUAGCCGCGUCAGCAAUUGCCGCAAGUCUCAACAUCGCCCCUGCCGCUGUUGAGCACACUCUGAAGCAUCAGAAACCUAUUAUGCAGGACAGCAAAUCAAGGAUACAGGUCGGAAGGGCAUCAUUGACCAAAAAUGGCUCGUCUCACCCGUCGUCGGGAAGGCAGACCAGCUUUGCGACGACACGACAGGUUCUGCAGCAUAUGGAGACAAUAAUGUGUGCUGCGAGUGCGAGGGAGCCUUUGCUGCUGGUAGGUGAGACUGGUGUAGGUAAGACCACAAUUUUACAACACGUCGCAGCUUCUAUCCAACAGCAUCUAACUGUCGUCAAUCUUUCGAAUCAGAGUGAGGCCUCAGACCUGCUUGGGGGACUGAAGCCAGUAACGACUCGCUCUUUGAUGGUGCCGCUCAUUGAUGAGUUUAAUCUCUUGUUCGAUAAAACCUUCGCAGCCAACAAGAAUGCGAAAUUCCGCCAGUCGAUCGCAAAGGCAUUCGACAAAGAGAAAUGGUCGGCACUUCUUCGCCAUUGGCAAGAAGCCAUACAGCUUGCGUUGAAAAACAUGCCCGAGCCAUCAGAACGGGAACAUUUGCGGGAACAAGUAUCUAAGCGACGAAAGCUAGACACCAGCAAGAGACAAAGUCUGCGAGAUAGAUGGCUGGCAUUCAGCGACAGUAUUAACGGAGUGAAAGUUCACCUGCAGAAAGGUGACCACUUACAGGUCUUUGCAUUUGUGGAAAGUCGUCUAGUGCAGGCAGUCCGCAAUGGUGGUUGGCUUCUUCUUGAUGAGAUCAACCUCGCGUCGUCCGAGGCUCUCGAUAACCUACUCAGUCUGCUUCAUACCGGAGAAGAUGAUACCCCGUACCUACUUUUGGCUGAAGCUGGUAGUGUCGAGCGAAUCAAUGCUCAUCCGAACUUUAGACUCUUUGCGGCAAUGAAUCCGGCCACUGAUACGGGCAAAAAAGAUCUGCCUCCAGCCCUACGAGCACAUUUCACCGAAAGUUUUGUGCAUGCCGGAGAUGACGAUUUAAACGAUUUGGUAGAGAUCAUUCAAGCCUACUUAGGAGCAUAUCUCGCUAAUGACAAACGAGCUGCAGCCGAUCUUGCCAAAGCAUAUCUGGGGAUCAAGAGACUUGCCAGCCGACAUGAAUUGACAGAUGGAGCUGGGGAACUACCUCACUUCAGCUUGCGAUCACUUACUCGAUGUUUACAGUAUGUCCAACAGCAUCAGGCAAGGCACGGGUUGCGCCGUGCAAUGCAUGAAGGUUUGCAGAUGAGCUUCUUUACUGUUCUCGAUAGCCAAUCUCAGCAACUGGUAUUGGAUGUCGUCGAGCAGAGCUUGUUGUCCUCCUCACAAGCCAAGAGAGCCCUCUACUCUCACAAGCCUAGAAACUCAUCUCAAGCAGAUCGAUACGUUCGAUUCGAGCACUACGAAAUUGUUAAAGGACCCUUUUCAACUGAUGCUCAGCCGGACUACAUUGUGACCAAGUCUGUGAGACGAAACUUGACUAAUCUCGUCAGAGCCGCGUCGAUGCGAAAAUUCCCCGUACUUCUGCAGGGACCAACGUCAGCAGGCAAGACCAGCAUGGUCGAGUAUUUAGCCAAGUUGUCAGGCAAUAAAUUUGUACGUAUCAACAAUCACGAACACACUGACCUGCAGGAGUAUCUUGGUACUUAUGCUUCCGGAACAGAUGGGACACUCGAUUAUCGUGAAGGAGUGCUUGUUGAAGCAUUACGUCAAGGACACUGGUUGGUGCUUGAUGAACUGAAUCUCGCACCAAGCGAUGUACUCGAAGCAUUGAACAGAUUACUUGACGAUAAUCGAGAGUUGCUCAUACCAGAGACUCAGGAAAUCGUUCGACCUCAUCCGAACUUCAUGCUUUUCGCAACUCAAAAUCCUGCUGGAAUUUAUGGCGGACGAAAGCGGCUAUCCAGAGCAUUUCGAAAUCGAUUCCUCGAGAUUCAUGUCUCUGAUAUUCCUGAAGAUGAGCUUGAGGUCAUUCUCAAGGAGCGAGCACGUAUUGCUCCAUCUUUCUGCAAAAACAUUGUUGACGUAUAUAAAAGCUUGACGUUGCAGAGACAGUCUUCAAGGUUAUUUGAAGCUAAGAAUAGUUUUGCUACGCUGAGAGAUUUAUUUCGAUGGGCGUCUAGACCUGUUGAUGAUCGUGAACAGCUGGCAUACCAUGGGUAUAUGCUCUUGGCUGAACGCGUGCGAGACCCGACCGAGAAGCUGGUUGUCAAACGCACGAUUGAAGACGUGCUCAAGGUCCAGAUCGACGAAGAGGUCAUGUACGGAGACAUAAAGAUACCAAACAACGUCAAAUCCGACGGCAAGAUUACCUGGACGAGAGCGAUGCGGAGGCUAUUCGUGCUGGUCUCCACAGCACUGCAAAACAAUGAGCCUGUUCUGCUCGUGGGAGAGACAGGAUGUGGUAAAACUCAAGUCUGUCAGUGCAUAGCCCAUGCUUUUGAAAGACAGCUCAACAUCUAUAAUGCUCAUUCGAACACCGAAACGGGCGACCUCAUUGGCUCUCAGAGACCUAUGCGGCACAAAUCAGAACUAGCCGCCACAAUCAUCCAGGACUUGCAGGCUCUUGGAGAGGACUAUGCUAUCAGACGUACCGAUGAAAGCAUGGACAUUGAAGACCUCAUCACACAAUUCAGGUCGAUGGACACAUCGGGCUUCAGUGAACAAGCCGUCAAGAAAGUCAAGGAUAGCAUUUCAGCCUAUCGAUCUUUGUUCGUCUGGAGUGAUGGCAGUCUGGUUCGGUCUAUGAGAGCAGGCUCGCACUUUCUACUGGACGAAAUCUCACUUGCUGAUGACUCCGUGCUUGAACGUAUGAACAGUGUUCUUGAGCCUGCGAGGACGAUCUUGCUUGCAGAGAAGGGUGCUGCCGAAGACAACUUUGUGGCUGCUGAGCCUGGAUUUCAGUUCCUUGCUACCAUGAAUCCUGGUGGAGAUUAUGGCAAGCGCGAGUUGUCUGCCGCCUUGAGAAAUCGGCUGACCGAGAUAUGGGUGCCUCCAUUAUCGGACAACGAAGACGUAAUUCCAAUUCUGGAGGCUCGACUCAAAACCGACGCGCCGAAAAAUGGUUCGUCUCACAGCGAUCACAAUGACAGAAGCCUAGCGUCGUCUAUGGUGCAUUUUGCAAACUUCUUCCGACGACGAAUAGAAGGAUCGGAAACAUCCAACAUACCCUUGCGACCGUUGCUUGGCUGGGCUGAAUUUGUGCGCCAAAGUCGUUUGGAUACUCAGAGAGCUCUAGUUCAUGGCGCUGCGAUGACUUUCAUUGAUAGUCUGGGCGCCAAUCCAGCGGGACUAGCUGGUCAUUUGGCCGAAGAUAUCUCAGAGGCCCGAGACUUGUGUUUACAAAGGCUACACGAAGUUUUUGAUCUUGACGCCAGCGAAAUUUACCAUGCGAUACCGAACUACUUCUGUGACGCAGACAAAGUUCAGAUUAGUGACUUUAGUUUGUCGCGACUGCCCGGUGCUAGCAACGAGCAAGAUCUUGUGCUCGAAGUUCCGACCACCUUACGAAAUGCCAUGCGUAUUGCUCGUGCACUGCAGACAAGUCGUCCUUUACUGCUUGAAGGCAACCCGGGGGUUGGAAAGACUGCCAUAGUGACCUCACUGGCUCAACUCUGUGGUAGGCCACUAACCCGUAUCAAUCUUUCAGAUCAGACGGAUCUGAUGGAUUUAUUCGGCGCUGACGCACCGACUGAGGGCGAGAAGAUAGGAAACUUUGUCUGGCGAGACGGGCCUUUACUGAAGGCAAUGCAGCAGGGGGACUGGGUCUUACUCGAUGAGAUGAAUCUUGCCUCCCAAUCUGUGCUUGAAGGACUAAACGCCUGCCUUGAUCAUCGAAAAGAAGUUUACAUUGCAGAGCUCGACAAAACUUUCCAUUGUCAUCCUGGAUUCACCCUCUUCGCAACACAAAACCCGCACAGUCAAGGUAGUGGUCGGAAGGGUCUACCUGCCUCAUUCGUUAAUCGCUUCACGGUCGUAUAUGCUGAUCCAUUCACCAAGCACGAUCUAGUACAAAUCUGCCGCUCGAAAUAUGCAAACAUCUCAGAACGACGCGUUCACGAAGUUGUCUCUGUAGUGGACGGCUGCCAAGCGCUCGCCUCUCGAAGUCCUGACUUCGCAGACGGAGGUCCUUGGGAGCUAAAUCUUCGUGAUCUAAGUCGUUGGUUGAGCCUGUGCGAAAAGUUCGAGAACUUAGACCCUAUGAUACAUUUUUCGACUGUAGUAAGCGACCGUUUUCGCCAAGCAAAAGCCAAGGAACAAGCGACGACGAUCUGCCAUGAUACUUGUGGACAUGUCGCGGUGGAAAACAUGCAUCACGAGCUGUUCGCUGAUACACUACAGUUCGGUACGAUGUUUUGUGCUCGUGCCACUCUACAGCAAUUUGUUCGCCACGAGCAUACCAUUGACAUAGCACAUCUUCAGGCAGCAAAGUCGUUCAUGACAGCAUGGCAGAUGGACUGGCCUAUUAUCUUAGUCGGCCCUUCUGGCAGUGGGAAGACGUCGCUUAUACGAAAUCUUGCAGCGCUCCGUGGUGAUAGACUUGUCGAAGUUUCGAUGAAUGCCGAUAUCGAUACAGCAGAUUUGAUUGGUGGGUACGAGCAAUAUGAUGGUGAACGUCUGAAAUGUAUGCUUCAAGAACAACUGAAAGCUUGCCUUGCGACGGCUAUACACAAGGUAUUGGCAGCAGGUUUGGACAUGAAGUUGGAGCAAGUGCUGUCUGCAUACCAGGAACUAGGCAGUAGACAGCUGACAGCCACGGCUGUUCUUGAGAUCAUCAAGAAUAUCCCUAGGGAUCUACUUGAUCAUGACGAAGAGCAAAUGCAGCGACUUAUGCUUCAAUUACAACAACUAGAGAUUACACAGGAAAAUUCAACUCGCUUCGUCUGGAAUGAUGGUGUACUCAUUGACGCUUUACAAUCAGGGGCUUGGCUGGUCCUUGACAAUGCCAACCUCUGCAAUCCUUCCGUUCUUGAUCGUCUGAACUCAUUGCUCGAGCCUAAUGGUUACCUUGUUUUAAGUGAGCAGCAUGGCCUGGACGGAAAAGCACGCAUAGUACGUCCAGCGCCUGGAUUCAAGAUCAUUCUGACUGCGGAUCCGAGGUAUGGCGAGCUUUCGCGAGCAAUGAGGAACCGAUCUCUGGAAAUAUUUCUUGAUACGAAAAUGCCAGAGGCACAGAACUUUCAGCCACAUCUCUCAUGCUAUCCUGAAGACGCAAGUAUCGCUCGAUUGCGACCUCUUGUCGUAGACAGAGACGAGCAACCCGAUCAUGGUCAGGUUGAGCUUGAACCAUGGAUUGACCGCCUUACAGCUGAUGACUUAGACUUGCUGACGAAGCCCGGAGGUGAUGUGUUUGAAGAGAAUGUCAUUCAAGAAGCUGCGAACCGACGCUUAAUGCGUACGCUUGAAUUGGUUGAUCCGAGAAGGACGCCCGCUGGAUACACUUGCUCACACCUCGUUGCAGUCAACGAGCCUUUGAUGUUGACGCUGGUAGACGCCGCCAUGACGUCUGAUCAGAUAUGUACGCGCAUUUUGCGAAACACACUUAUGUGGAAUAUGGCCAAUCUCAACAGUUCCGCUAAAAGUGUCUUUGCCGCGAUAGCUACCGGUGUCCUCCAGGAGGCUUUCAGGAAUCGACUUGAAUACAUCUGCGCACGAGACUUUGUGGCUCUGUGCAUCGAUCUCAUCCGUGCACGAAAACCAGAACUACCAGCCUACCAGCAAAUAGCGAGUGAUGUUUCUACCCAGCUCGACUCUGAUGCUAAACUCAAGACUCAACUCACCACUGCGGUCAAGAAGCUGAUGGGUCCGGCGCCCAAGUCUGGCCAAAGUUUACAGACUAUGUGGCCCAUAUGGAAAUCAAGCACCGCUGAGACCAAAGAUGAACUCGACUUUCAGCUGAAAGUGGAGGCCUUGGUAGAGCGAUUCGGCGAAGUCGCGUAUAGUGUGGCUGAGAGCAGAACACAACUGGCACGACUCCGACUUCGAAUGCUAGAUGUUUGCACCAUAGUAAACUCUCAUGUCAAUAACACACAGGUUCUUGAGGAUCUCAUAGGUGCCGUUGAGCAUUUGAGUAUGAACCAGGCGUCGACGACAAGCGGAAGAGGCCACUUUGCUAAGGUCUUCGACACUAUAUUGUACAAGCUCCGUAUCCAAGAUUAUCAUUGUUCACAGUUGCAGGAGCAGCGUUGUCUGCUGUUCAGCGACAGUGCUAUUAAGCAUCAAGACGUACAGCAAAAAUCUGGUCCAAUGAAGAUACUCCAGAGAUUGAGUGAUGCAUCAGUACUUGGCCCUAUCUUAGGUGUGGACUUACCACCUGCAGAAAUAAGCCUACAGCGACUGGCACAAUCCCUUCAAACUCUGCAUGACCAGCCAAUAGGAAGAAUGAAUUAUGCACAGGAAGAACUAGUGGAGCUUAUCAGUCUUGUUUCCAGUACUCCCAAGCAAUUCUCGAGCAACAAUCUCAAACAUAUUGGUAGAGCUGCUAGAGAACUUGUUCACUGCGUCCUAGUUCCACAUGCUGACUCUCUCAACAUUGAGUUAAAUAACAGCUAUGAUUUCGAGAACAUGGACACAUCGUUACUCGAGUUGAUGGUCUCGGCCAAAGAAAACGCCAAGGACAAGUCGAAGACACUGAGUGACGCAUUUAGCGAUCUGGCUGUGGUCUGCCAGAAUUUCAAUACAUUGCCAGACUCACAGGCUGAAGCAUACAAGGUCUGUGGCAGAGGACUUUUAACUGUGGCAGUCAUUUGUCUCAAGCUCUUCGUGCCUGACCAAAUGUUUGAUCCGACCACGUUGCCAAUGCUAAUACAAACACGUCAUAAUCGGAGGAAAAACGAAUUAACAGCCCGACUAGGUGCAUGGCGAAGCUUUCAGAAAAACACUACUGGUCAGGACACAAGUUUGGUGAUACGAGUCCUCGAGGAAGAGUUGUCUGACCUUGGUGAACCAUGUGAUGUCCUAGCAGUCUAUCGUCCUAUAGACGACCGGCACUUGAAGAUGUUACAUACCGAGUUCCAGAAUGUGCUAAGGAGUAUCGUGAACACUGAUCUUGUGGCAGUAAUGCAGGAUGAUGACACCAAGGAAGUCAAGAGCGUCUAUAAUCAGGCUAUUCCUCGCAUCAAGAACUGCAUUGAGCGAUUAUCUCAGAUUCAUCGUGCCUACGACGAUAUGGUCAAGCCUGUUGUCGGUCUGCUACACUGCGUGGCUCUAGCUCUCCGUUUGCUUUUGUACGGCAUUGACGUGCAGCUGACGGCGGCAGGACGUCGUACAUUCAUGCACGAAAAUCGUCCACACGUAGAAUACCGCAUCGAAGAGCAAAAAGUCGAAAGUACUUUAGCUUCAAUGCGACUACUGGCAGAAGAUCGGCUCUUGAACAAAGAGAAGGAAGUGACCAUGCUCAGUACCCCUGAACUUUGGACGUAUCUGUCAGAAUUACGUCUGAAACUCGUUGUCUCCGAAAUCGACGAUGCAAGAAGAACACGUCUUCACGUACACAUAGUAGGUUGUAUCGAUGAGCUGUAUGUGUCGUGGAGACAGAAGCUGAGCGCAGAUCAGCAAGAGGCCGAAAGACAGUCAAGAUAUUACACGUACCGGGGUGAAGAUGAUCUCCAGGAGCCAAGUGAGGACGAUGUACGUGCUCUAUUUCCAACGCAUGAAGAAGUGGAACGACAAAACCUCACACAGGAUGCAGAUGGAUCUGCAGAAGAAAUCUACUACGAUUCGGACUCCGAUCACCAUCUCGAUAUUGAUGCUCGGAAAAGUGCCGUCAAACUGGCGAGAUAUCAUCGUAGUCUGCUGGCCGAACGAGAUGUCGAGAUUCUAUUGCAAGACCGCUUGCGACGCCGUUUCUGUGCCCAGGAUGAAACACACAUUGGCUUCGACGAUCUUUCGACAAUGUCCCCUGAGAUGCUUCCUUCUUUGUUUCUGUGUCUUGAGGACAAGUUGGGAGCUUUUUCUAGACAAUCAGCAGGUCAGGGACUGAACAUCUACGCUGAUGGCGACGUUGAGGAAGUACGUAAGCUGUUCCAAAUCACAACGCAAGCACGAGCAAGAUUUCAGGAAAUAGCAGAUCGUUGGCCAGAACAUGCGAUUCCAGCUGAAGCAAUUUCUUAUGGUAACCAGGUGAUGGCAAUGAAGAUGAGUGAUUCAAUUGCUAAACUACUCACCAAGACAGAAAAAUUCCUCGAAAUUGUGGCUCAAUGGCAGGCCAUCGCAAGUAGAGAGUGGUCUGUGUCUUCGAUCGUCGAAGCUUUGACAAGUCUCAUCAUUCACUGGCGUCGCCUUGAGCUCGGAUCUUGGUCAAGAUUGCUCGAUGUGGAGGAUGCGAAGCAGCAGGAAGACGCUGAUGCCUGGUACUUCAUAGCGUACGAAGCUGUUGUAUACAACUCUCUCCAGUAUGUCCAAGUUCUAGGACUGAAUCGACUCGAAUCGACUCUCAAGGACUAUCCACAGAAGCUGGCGAGGACACUCGAAGAGUAUUUGAAAACCACCACACUUGGACAAUUCAAUGGUAGACUUCAAUUGCUAUCAGCAUUCGCACAAAGUUUGAAGGCUUGUGCUCAAAAGCUCUAUGAAGGCCACUCAUCUUAUCUCACACAAAAGACAUUGACGAGGCUUGAGAAGUACCCUGGUCGACCGCUAGCUCAGAGUGACGGAUUCCAAAACUUACCCACAGACGGUGCUUCGUCCUCUGGCGAGAAAGACUCGGAUAAUGAGUCGUGGUACACGAACAAUUCAGAAAUUGAGUUCACAAUGAACAAGCGCGAACGUGGUCGUCAGGUGAUGAUGAUGCACGACACCAUAGUCAACAUUGUUCAGCACUACGCCCGGUAUGAACCCCAAGUUUCGAAAUCUUUACAAGAUGGGCGAGUUCUCCUUGAGAAAAAGAUUACAGAGCAACUAAAGUUGGCUAGCUGGAAAGACACGAAUAUCACAGCUCUGCGCGAAAGUGCUCGGCGCACGCAUUUCAGGCUUUUCAGAAUCAUAAAGAAAUAUCGCGCUCUACUUGGACAACCAUUGACGAAUUUCAACGCCAAGUAUGAUCCCAACAACGAGUCGGGACCCAGGAUAUUGCUGGAACUGCCUGCAAUCGUGCAGAGUGACGCCAUUAAUGAACAUCUCCGCUUGUGUUCGGACCACAUCGACUCAUGGCUAGACAGACCCGAGCGACUGCGAGACCCAAUAGUCGCCACAAAAACAAUGCGAUUUGUUUUGAACAGCAGCAUACCCGACUUUUAUGCUUCAGCAGAGCUCGAGAGCUGGAUUGAAGAUGUUAGUGAUGCAGCGAGAGAGCUCCGAAAAGCCACGCCAAAUGUACUGACCGAUGAUAACGGUGCCUUACUUCGUGAUCUCAAACAACGCAAGCGGCGACUAUUGGCAGACACUCUGAAAGAUGUUGCGUACAUGGGAGUUCGACGCAAUCUGGGUACGACUGAACUGGAAGCUCAGUCAACCACGACUAUGGUGCUUGCCAAUCUGCCAAGCAUGUCUCCUGUAGGGGUAACUCAGCUCGACUCCGGUGUCAACGAGGUUUUCCAUGAGCUGAUAGAUACCCUUCCAAUCGCUAGAGAUUCAGCACUGGGACACUCAGCAGAGCUGACAGAUGGUGAGACAAGAAGAGGUCUAGGAUAUCUGGAGGGCUUCUUCAACGUGGCCAUUAAGCAGAGGACUGAGAUUGGAUUGCUUCAGUCACAACUUGAUCGACUUUCGAGCCUUCGGCAAGCCUUCACGAAUCUUGAUCAUGGGGCUGACACAUCACAGCUCGAGUCAAGACAGCCGUGGUUACCUAUACUACUGCGCACGUGUGCCAGGGUUGUUGACUUUCAAAGCAAGCAUGCUCAGCUACAAACUGAAGGUGUAUCUACCGCACUACGGCAGUAUGCUGAACGACUGCAGCAGAUUGGAUCACAAACUGUGGAAAGCACCUCUCGACAGGAGGUUAUAGCAGCUCUACAGAUGGAUCUUACUAAGUGGUCGGACCACGAGCCACAACUCGAAUAUCUCGGGAGCUUUCUCGAGAAGUGGUUCCCCAGCCCUGAUGUGGUCUCGCCCGCAGCAGUGAAACGUCUGCCAAUCGAGGUAUUCGAUACUCAACUGCAGCGGCAUAUGAAUUCGAUAUUUGUCGCGAUUCAAAGAGCCGCGGCAGUGCUCAAUACUCUUCCGAGCACGAACGAAGAGCAAGGCUGGCUUGUUAACUCCACUCAAGUCUUCAGUAAAAUAAUCACAAGCCUCCAACUCGAAUCGCUCUCAGACGCUGUUGAGCCGUUACUAAAGAGUCUGCAACCUAACAAUGACAACACUGAAGUCCAGCAGGUGCAAAUCGCCUUAGCGCUUGUUUCGACGCCGAUCAUCUCUCAAUUGGAGGCCAGUGCCAGGUAUCUGCUUGCACAUUCGACACACUUGCAUUUGCAGACAUGCCGAGCAGCAGUCUUUCUCGGAAGAACGUUUGCAACCCUCUGUAAAGAAGGAUUUUGUUCUCCUUCCGAAGCUUCGGAUGGCCAAGAACAAUCAGGUAAAGUCGAACAAGGUACAGGUCUUGGUGAAGGUGAUGCUGCACAAGAUAUCAGCAAAGACGUCGGCGAUGACGAGGACCUGACUGAGUUGGCUCAAGAACGUGGCGAGCGCGAAGAUGGCGAUGAGGAGAUGGACAAGAGCAAAGACGCUGUGGACAUGGGCUCCAAUGAGCUUGAAGGUGAAAUGGGAAGUGGUGAUGAGCACGUGUCAGAUAACAACGAUGAAAGUGGAGGCGAAGACCAAGAACAAGACAUAGAUGAAGAAACAGGGAACGUCGAUGACCUUGAUCCUAAUGCUGUAGAUGAGAAGAUGUGGGACGAGAUGCAGAAGCAAGCGGAGCAGGAAGAGAAGGAGAUGAAGAGCAAGAAAGCACAAGGCCAGAAGACCGAUGAUCAGGCCGCAGGCAACGAAGAUCCUGCGGAGACUGGUGCUGACGAAGACAUUGAAGCUGCUGGGUCAGAGCAAGAGGAGGCUGAUGGCGAGCAGAAAGCCGAAGGCGAAAACAUUGAUCCUUAUCUUGACCAAAACCAAGCACUUGAUCUGCCGGAAGAUGUGCAACUGAAUGGUGAAGAGCAGAAAGAGGAUGAGAUAUCUGAUGCUGAUAUGGACGGUCUAUCAGAUGUUAACGACACUGAUAAUCCAGAGGACAAGGCAGAGGCCAACUUACCAGACGAGGAAAAGCUAGAUCGUGAAGGUAAUAUUGAGGAGGAGAAUACAGUUGAGGAAGAAGGUGAAGAAGAUCAGCAGCUUGGCCAAGCCCAGGACAACGAAGUCGUGGAAGACCAAGAUGGCGAAGAAGGUCGACUUGAGGACAAAGAGCACAAUUCCCGGGAGGACGAUGCAAUGUUCGAUGCUCAAGACCAGGAAGAUGGGGGUGCAGGGGUAGCAAACACGAAUGUCGAUCUGGAUGCUGACAUGGACGAAAAUGCUCCGCAGGGCCAGCAAGAAGCCGAGGCCGCAGCACAGCAGUCCGAGCCACAAAAAGGCGCAACAACAUCGACUCAAGACCAGACUGGUGCGGAGGAAGGUGCAGUGGAGCAGGGUAUCGGUCGGCAGGAAGAAGUACCAAACAAGUCUGCACAAGCUUUGCAGAAGCUUGCAGACGUGCUUGAGCGAUAUCACCAACGCCGAGAGAUAUACACAGCCAACGAGGAGCGACAACAGCAACAAACUGAGCAAGAUGUUGAUAUGGCAGAUGCUGACUUCGAGCACAUUGGUGAUGAGCAACAAAAAGAAGCACAGGCACUUGGAACUGCCAAAGAAGAUGCCGUUCAGAACCUGGAUCAAGCACAGGCUAUGGAAAACCCUCGAGCUCUGGCUGACGGAGAUCUCCCUAUGCCUGAGGACGUACACAGAUCUAUCGAGGAGCUCCAGCAGGAGACGCUGACGCAGAAGAUGACUCGCAUGCAACAUGAACGGGAAGACAGACUAGAACAACAGCAGUCUGCAAGAACAGCAACUCUACCUGACACCACUCGUGAUCGUCCAAACAAACCGCAGCUACCACACGAAGAUGCGAUGGAGCUAGACAACGAUCUUGCUGAUGACUUAGAGCAGCCCAGAAUCGACUCAAGAGGCUUCCAGCAAAACGCUCUACAAUCAACAAGCCUCAGUGAAGCUCAGCAGCUCUGGUCUCUCACCACAAAUCGAACUCAAUCACUAUCUCUCCUCCUCACUGAGCAGCUCCGCCUCAUUCUUCAGCCAACCACAGCCACCAAACUACGUGGUGACUUCCGCACCGGCAAGCGUCUCAACAUCCGCAGGAUAAUACCCUAUAUCGCCUCCGGUUACAAGCGCGAUAAGAUCUGGAUGCGACGCUCCAUACCCAGCAAGCGAAACUACCAAGUCAUGCUCGCAGUCGACGACAGCCGCAGCAUGAAAGAGAGCGGCGCCGACAUCCUCGCACUAGAAACACUGUGCCUCCUCAGCCGUGCCCUGAGCAUGCUCGAAGUCGGCGAACUCUCCAUCGUCGCUUUUGGAAAAGACUACAACGAAAGCCUUAUGGGUGACGAUAUACCAGCCCAACAACAACAACAACCUCCUCGUGCCGUCAAAAUCGCCCACGACUUCUCCCUCCCCUUCAGCCCUUCCACCAGCGGCCCCCAAACCUUCUCAAACUUCACUUUCGACCAAACAGGCACAAACGUCCGUGCCCUCCUCUCCGAAUCAAUCCGCAUCUUCCGCGACGCACGCCUCAAAUCCACGGCCCGCGACGCGACCGACCUCUGGCAGCUCCAGCUCAUCAUCUCGGACGGCCACAUCGGGUCUGACAACGAUACCGUCGCACGCCUUGUCCGACGCGCGCGCGAGGAGAAAAUCAUGUGCGUCUUUGUGAUUGUGGAUAAUUCCGAGGAGAGUAUUGUCGAUCUGGAGGAGGUAGUUUUUGAGAAAUCUGCAACGACUGGUGGUGGUGGGAAGGAAGGAGAGCCGGUUAUGAGUAAGAAGAGGUAUUUGGAAGGGUUUCCGUUUCAGUAUUAUGUUGUGGUUAGAGAGGUGCGGGAUUUGCCUGGGGUGUUGAGUCGGGUGUUGAGGGGGUGGUUCGAGAGUGUGGUAGAGCAAGGAAGUACGUUGUAG